UUUAGGAAAUCUCAAAGUGCAAUGAAACCCGCCAUCCAGUUCUCCUUGUUACUGAUUGUCCUUCAAGUCCACAAUGGCCAUGGAGAUAAAGAUCCACUUCAAGAAAAGCUAGCUACCAGCAUUGCUGACUUUGCAUUUAAAUUAUCCAGACAAGUAGCUUCACUCCAGAGUGGCAAAAAUAUCUUCUUCUCUCCUCUGAGUAUCUCCAUGGCAUUUUCAAUGAUUGGCAUGGGUGCUAAAUCCAACACCCAAAAUCAAAUUUACAAAGGACUUGGAUUGACUUCAAUUGACACAAGCAAGAUCCAUAAAGAAUUUAAACAGCUCAUUCAGAUGCUGAAGAGUCCUGGAGCUCAGAUAGACAUAGGAAAUGCCUUGUGGAUAAAAAAGUCACACCAAAUUAUUCCUAAGUUUUCAGAGGGUGUCAAAAGUUUGUACAAAACAGAGAGCUUUAACUUUGAACAAUCCUCUGUGGCUGAAAAGCAGAUAAAUGAUUAUGUGAACAAGAAAACCCAUGGGAAAAUUUCUAAAGCAGUUGCAGGCUUAGAUCCUGCAGCCACCAUGGUUCUUGUGAACUAUAUCUACUUCAAAGGUGACUGGGAAUAUCCCUUUGACCCUAAAUUAACCCAUAAAGAAGAUUUUUUUAUUGAUGAAGGAAAAACUGUGAAGGUUGACAUGAUGAGAAAUACUGAGCGUUACAGAUAUUUCCACGAUAAAGCUUUGUCCUGCUGGGUAGUUGAACUUCCUCACAAAGGAGGUGCUGUUGCCUGGUUCAUUCUGCCAGAUGAAGGCAAACUGAAGAAAGUGGAGGAUGCUAUGGGGGAGGAAACGUUGUCCAAAUGGAGAACAUCUUUAAUAGAGUGGGAUGAAAUUCAUCUGUCCCUUCCAAAAUUCUCGAUGUCUGCAUCCUAUAAUCUCAACAAUGUGCUUCCUGGGCUGGGCAUUACUGAUGUGUUUAGCAGCAAUGCUGAUCUAUCUGGAAUUACUAAAAGUAGACGCCUGAUUAUUGACAAAGCUAUCCAUGAGGCUGUCCUGGAUAUACAUGAAGAAGGUAGUGAGGCAGCUGCAGUGACCACUUUAAACGUGAAAACCGGAUCUGCUAGUAGCUCUUUUCCUGUUGUACUCAAAUUUAACAGGCCAUUCUUUCUCACCAUAUUGGCACCAAAUGAUGGUCCCAUGCUUUUCAUGGGGAAAGUAAUGAAUCCUGUUCAAAAAUGA